ACCAUUUUCCUAAUUGUCUCUCCAGCAGGAAGAUUUGAGAAUUCCAUGGCUGUUGUUUCCAGGAAUCCACAGAGCAUUGCCGGCGCACCAUCCAAUUCUGCGGAAGAUCCUCUCUUGCCUUGGCUCCAGUCCAUUCAAGAAAAAUUGCAGCUCCAAAACACCAGUCAACUCAACGAUUCUAAUGUUUUGGACGUGCUAGUGUUGAAUUGUAUUAAUACCUUCAAGUCCGAUCCUCGCUAUCGGGAUGACGUUAGAUUCCUCAAGAUUUGGUUCCUAUAUAUGGAUGGAAAUUCUAAUUUUGAAAAGGUUUAUCAAGAAAUGGAGAAGCACCAGAUCUGUAUGCACAAUGCUCUGCUUUAUGAAUCAUUUGCAUUAUUUUUGGAAGCAAAGGGCAGGUUGAUUGAUGCUUGUAUGAUGUAUCACCUAGGCAUCUCAAGAAAUGCUGAGCCACUGGGGAGGCUGAAAAAGGCACAGGUGCUGUUUCUCGAGAGAAUGUCUGAAAGAGUAGCCAAUGAAUCUUUUCAAAAGAUAAAAAGUCAUGUUUCUGCAGAGAACGGUGAUAAUUUUGUCAAUCCAUGGUCAGUUGCAACCAUUAAAGCCACAUUACAAAAUACUGAAAUUGUGCAGUUUGAGGGGUAUCAUCCUUGUAACAAAUCAUAUCCAGGAAAAGUGGCAUUAUCCUCAUGGAAAUCAUUAAAAAAUAAAACCAUUGAUAUCGGAGGAGAGAAGUACAGUUUUAAAGGGCGUGCAGGUCAGGGUGGGUUCGCUCAGGUAUUCAAAGCUCAUGUAAACAAUAAUCCAGAUGAUAUUGUUGCUCUUAAGAUACAGAAACCUCCUUUCCCUUGGGAAUUUUACAUGUACCGUCAGCUAGAUAUGCGAAUUCCAAAAACAGAGAGGAAGAGUUUUGGCUUUGCUCAGAGAUUGCACCUUUAUUCUGAUUAUAGCGUGUUGGUGUGUGAUUAUUUAGCUCAUGGGACACUUCAGGAUGCUAUAAAUUCCAAAAUUGUUAGAGGGGGAUCUAUGGAAGAAGUAUUAUGUAUUUAUUACACUAUAGAGAUGCUUCAAAUGCUUGAAACUCUACAUCAUGCCAAAAUUAUCCAUGGUGACUUCAAACCUGAUAACCUACUCAUUCGGUACUCCAGGGGUGAUCCAACAGAUAAUGAAACCGAUUUCCUCCAUCGAACUGGACCUUGGGCUGAUCAGGGGCUAUGCCUUGUUGAUUGGGGAAGAGGAAUAGAUCUAACGCUCUUCCCUGAAAACACCAAAUUCAUGGGAGAUUGUAGAACUUCUGGAUUCCGUUGCAUUGAGAUGCAAGAAAAAAAGCCCUGGACAUUUCAGGUGGAUCUGUAUGGACUAUGUGUUGUAGUUCACACGAUGCUCCACAACGGAUACAUGGAACUUGAAAAGAAAGCAUCUUCGGAUGGACGAUACAUAUACCAACCCAAAUCACAUUACAAGAGGUAUUGGAAUUGUGAUCUUUGGAAAAAUCUGUUUUCCAAAUUGCUGAACCUGGAUCUAGCAGAAGAUCAUACAAUGGUGUUGAAAACCUUGAGGGAAUCAUUUCAGGAAUACAUAUGCUCUGAUCCAAAGCUAAUUAAAAGACUCAAGGAGCUAUUGAUGAAGCAGAGAUCAUCCCUAUGCUCGGCUUAGAUGGUCUCCUGAAGUCUCCAUUGCUUAUGGGAAAAAAAAAAGAAAAAAAAAGAAGCUGAAGUGUAGUAUAUCUGUGAUGCUUUUUGGGUUAGGUUAUUCUAUAUCCCUCGUAUUGACUUCUUGAUUUGUGAAAAA